AACCACACAUGCUUUUAUCCUCUGCAACCCAAACCCUGUUUGAAACCGUCCCCCUGAGCAGACCCAGUGCUGCCAGAACACAAUAGCAGUACAAACGAUACCUGCUUGAUCAAAGAUGGCUGACAUGGAGGAAACCCUGAUGCUGGGAGUGGAAGGCCUCAAGAAGACCAUCCUUCACGGAGGAAUGGGAGACAUGCCUCGCUUCAUCACUGGGACCAAGGUAACGUUCCACUUCCGCACGCAGUUGUGCGACGAUGAGCGCACGGUGAUAGACGACAGCAAGGUUGUGGGCACGCCCAUGGAGGUGGUGAUCGGUAACAUGUUUAAGCUGGAGAUCUGGGAGACGCUGCUGUGCUCAAUGAGGAUCAACGAGGUGGCCGAGUUCUGGUGUGACACCACUCACACAGGCCUUUAUCCGCUGGUGUCCAAGAGCAUGAGACGCAUCGCAGAGGGUAAGGACGCUGUGGAGUGGCAGAUCCACACCUGUGGCAUGGCCAACAUGUUCGCCUACCACACCCUGGGCUACCCAGACCUGGACGAGCUGAUGAAGGAGCCCAAGCCCCUCUUCUUCAUCCUGGAGCUCAUCAAGGUGCAGCAGCCCAAUGAAUACAACAGGGAGUCGUGGGCUCUGAACGACCAGGAGCGUCUGAACAAGGUGCCCAUGCUGCAUGGCCAGGGGAACAAGCUGUUCAAGCAGGGCCUCUUCGAGGAGGCCACGGAGAAAUACAAGGAAGCCAUCGUCUGCCUCAAGAACAUCCAGAGCAAGGAGAAGGCGUGGGAGGCACCAUGGCUGAAGCUGGAGAAGAUGGGCCACACCCUGACGCUCAACUACUGCCAGUGCCUGCUGCGCAUGGCAGAGUACUAUGAGGUCAUCGAGCACACCAGUGACAUCAUCAACCAGCACCCAGGUGUGAUGAAGGCCUACUACCUGCGGGCCAAGGCCCACAUUGAGGUGUGGAACGAGGCGGAGGCGCGGCAGGACUACAGCCGCGUGCUGGACCUGGACCCGGGCAUGAAGAAGCUGGUGAAGAGGGACCUGGCCAUACUCACCACACGCAUGGAGGAGAAGAACCAGGAGGACAAAACCACCUACAAGGGCAUGUUCGAACCAGCAAGAGGAGGAGGGCUCCCUUGACAUUGUGCAGCAAAAUGGAUAUUUUUUAAAUGACUUAACAUUCAUAACAUAACAUUCCACUAUACGAAGCUAUACACUUCUAUUUCCCCCACCCCCCAUGUGUAUUGUUUACACAGCUCAGUAACAUGACGACCACAUAAAUAAACGAAUGCAAACUUCA